AUGGCAUCCGGCCUGGGUUUCGUGCACAUGGCGUUCCGUGUGGUGUUCCCACGGGGCUCGACCUCGGCCCACUGGGCCGGCCAGCUGGAAAUCGGAGAGCUCAUCGGCAAGUACGGCCAUGGGAAGGACGAUCGGUGCGUGAGACAGGUCACCAAGGUCGACACCUCGAGAGCCACCAUCAAAUUGAGCCUUGGCUUUCCGGCUAUGGAUGUCCGGGACACACUCACGAACGAGGUGAUCGGCGGCCGCCAUCAGACUAGCAGAGACGUCUCUGAUCCUCCGUUUGUGCGGGACGACGCUGUGGCUCUGUUCGAGACUAAGCGUGCGGUACUGCCGCUAAAGGAGGACCAUCAGCUUGAUGACAACAGUGUCAAAGGGAAGGAAUUGCUGGCACAAUCUUUUGGCGAGGCGGUGUCGGCAUUUGCGGAUGGAGGUGAGACACGAUACGUGGAGAAGGACGGCCGAGUCCUGGUCUUUGUGAUCGCAAAUUCCAAUGUCUUUUGUCGAGUUUCACUUUAG